AUGACUGAAACCCACCGGCCCACUCGUCCACACAUGCUGGACCCUGAAUUGAUCGACAACGCAUUGCCCCCAAAGACACCACUGGUUCGAGAACGGCAAGUGUCAAAUCUCGAGCAGAAGAAGUGUGUCGCUGUCGUACACGCAGCUGAAUCUAGUACAAUAGGCGUGCUCAUGUCCCAGGUCCUUCGCGUGGUGGGCUUCUAG